UUGGAAUUCAGUACGGUCGUGAUCUUUGAAACGUUGAGACGCGUGGAUGUAGAGUUUCGUCGUAUUUCGGUUAAGGACAAGGCGAGUACACCCUUAGUCCGAUCCUACGUGUGUUUAAUGGAAAACCUGUACUCGUUAGGGUAGCACAUUCGAAAUACCGCUGAACGGACAAAUUUUCCGCCUCCUCGUUGGCGGAAACAGUUUGUGGUGGAGGCGCCUGUUGGUGUGUAUGUGCGCGCUUGAGACCAGCAGGAAUAGGAUAAGCCGGGAAACCGACUUCCAAGCGGAGUAAUAAGAAGCGAAAAUAGCAAUAAUUUAUAGCUGCUUGGGCGAUUAAGGACACCACUGAACGUACGGUUCUGGUGUGCUGGUAUUUCCUUUUUUUCGCCCACCUCUGCCAGGAUCAUAUGUGCUGUUUGUACUAUUUGGUAACUUGAGAAAUGAUUAUGCUACAUGGCGAGUAAAAGAAAAGUUGAUGAUGACAAUGAUAAUAAUGAUUAUGAUAGCUGUCUGAGUAUGUGAGUACACGUGCAUACAUAUGUCGUGCCGUUACCACAGUGAGGACGACCAAAGCCAGAACAACGUCUAAUCCGGAAUGGCGGAAGUGGCGGUCGGAAGUGACAGAGAAAAGUGAGGUGAUAUUAGAAAUGAAAAUUGCUACGCUCAAUCGGGUUUAUGUAAUCGAUUGUGACGAGUAUGUGCUUCGUGUGGAGUGCUUUUCGAUAAUUCGAUGAUGAUGAUAGCCGUGUGAAAAAAUGUUUUAACGCUGGUGUGUGCUGAUAUUCGCAAGGCUGUCGAUUUUAUGGCGAUAAUUGCGGUGAAAAGUGAUUUAAAGUGAUCCUCUGAUCGCGGUGGAAUAAUUCUCACAAUAUUUUGUGCUGAGCACAAGCGACACGAUAGCAGUGAUCAAUGUGUUUGUUUUAAUCCAGAUUGGAGCUCCGCGGGUGUUAUCCUUUAAUUGAGUACCCAAGAACAACAAAAGAAUAUACAACGCGCGCGGCUUCAGCGAGGAAAUAAUGUGUCUGGUGUUGACACUUUAGCUGAAGUGCUAAACAAAGCCAAGUACAUAUAUUUAUAUUCCCGCGAAUCCCAAUCAAGCUGGGUUUGAUGCUAGUGAGCGGAUGCAAAUGUCGAGGAUGGAAUCGAGAGGGUAAUUCGUCUUCCUAGGAGUGGAUUAAAGAAAAUGAAGCCAUAAAUUUGAUAUGUCUCCAUUGAUACCAGAAAAAAACAAGCAGCAAAUGGCAGCGGAAAAAUGUGUAAUAAUGUGUUUAUGUUAGUGAUUGAUCCCAUUUUUACUUGUCAGAUUCCCCCCUCAAUCUGACACGUGAUGGCAUUUUAUCUACACCCUGAUGGUCGCCGAGAACUACCAGUGAACAGACUGCUGCAGGUAGCCCCGACGACGAUGUGGGAGUCUAGUGAAAAAUGUACGAGGCUGAAGUGCAACCGUAACAGCCAGGGGGAACGUCCUGUCAGUGGCAGUGCGAGUCGUACAAAUACUAAUGAUAGUGAUAAAGUGUUAAAUAAACCAAAGCUAGCCAUUUGUGGCAGAAUGGAAACGGUCAAGCGAACAGCAGUGUUGUUAGCUUUAGUUUCCCUGGCGACGACAUUUCCAGCAAGUGGCGGAAGCUAUGCGGACACGGAAGAUUUGAUCAACGAGCUAGACAGACCAAUUCCCAUCACGCUGGUGAGUGGUGUGCUCGGUAAGCAGGCGAGUCUUCCAUGCGACAUCCGGCCGCUGGAGCGGGACGACGCGGUUUACAUGGUGCUUUGGUUCAAGGAGGAGGACAACGAGCCACUUUACAAUUUCGACAUCCGAGGACGGCAGGUGGCACAGGCACGUCUUUUUUCGUCGGAGAAAUACUUUGGCAAAAGGGCGUUCUUCCGAGCAACCAGCCAUCCGGCCCAACUGCUGGUGGACGAACUCAAACUGUCGGACGAAGGCAUCUACCGGUGCAGGGUGGACUUUCGCAACUCACCCACGCGGAAUGUUAAAAUUAACUUCACAGUCGUAGUUCCGCCGGAUCGACCCGUAAUCUACGAUUCUCGGCGUCGGGAGAAAACCAACACGGUCGAACCAUACAGCGAAGGUAGCGACAUUCAGCUGGUCUGCGAGGUGAAAGGAGGUCGACCAAGGCCCAACGUGACAUGGUACCUGGACAACACGGUGAUAGACGAAUCGUACGAAACCCGCCCGGACGGUACGACGGUCAAUCAUCUUUCCUAUCCGAACAUUGGGCGACAGCAUCUGGACGCUCGAUUGAUGUGUGUCGCCAGCAAUACAAAUCUGACGCCUCCGAAUAACAAGGUGGUAGUGCUGGACGUCAAUUUGAAACCGGUGGCAGUGCACAUUUUGGUCAAGGAAAAAUUCGUUUCCGCCGAUAAACGGUACGAUAUCGAGUGCAAGAGUUCCGGAUCCCGCCCGGAAGCGGUUAUUUCCUGGUGGAAAGGGACUCGCCAACUGAAGCGGUUAAGUAAAAACUUCGCCGAAACCGGAAACCAAUCGUUGAGUGUCCUCUCAUUCACACCAACUGUGGAGGAUGACGGGAAGUAUCUGACCUGCCGAGCGGAGAACCCACUCAUCCCCGACAGCGCCAUAGAGGACAAAUGGAGGCUCGUGGUACAUUAUAUGCCAAUUGUUACACUGAAAAUGGGAUCAUCGUUAAAUCCAGAUGACAUCAAGGAGGGCGAUGAUAUAUACUUUGACUGCCAUAUCCAGUCGAACCCGAAACCGUACAAACUGGCGUGGUAUCAUAACGGAAAUGAGCUACAUCACAACGUCACAGCAGGUAUUAUUCUCUCCGAUCACUCACUAGCUCUGCAAGGUGUUUCUAGAAUUCUGGCAGGUGAUUACACGUGUAUGGCGGCCAACACCGAGGGACGUGGAACGAGCAACCAUGUUACGCUCCGAGUGCGUUAUGCACCAGUAUGCGCAACGGACCGUGAAGAGCUGCUCGGUGCACUCAAGCACGAAACGCUGCAGCUCAAGUGCGAGGUGGAUGCAUCUCCGCCGGCAGAAUCCUUUCAUUGGACGUUCAACUCAUCCGGUGAGCAAACAGAGCUACCGGCGAGGCUACAUUCGAGCGAGACUGGCUUAUCGCGGCUUAAUUACACACCCAUCUCUGACCUGGACUACGGGACGAUCUCGUGCUGGGGCCGAAACGCCAUCGGAGUACAGAAAACACCGUGUAUAUUUCAAGUUGUAGCAGCAGGACGACCUUUCGCACUACAGAACUGUACGAUAUCCAACCAAUCUUCCGACUCGUUACACAUCGAAUGCAUCGAAGGCUUCGACGGUGGUCUGCCGCAAAUGUUCCUGCUGGAACUGGUCGAAGUGCCCGCUCUGCGACUAGUUAGAAAUUUAAGUUUACAACAUCCCCCAGUGCAAUUUUUCUUAGAUAAUCUGGAGCCCGGCGCCUCGUACCGGAUCAUCCUGUUUGCAGCGAACGCGAAAGGUCGCUCCGAGCCCGUGAUAGUGGAUGAUAUCACCUUCAAGGGUGUAGCCAAGUACACUGGUGUAUCCAACGUUAUGAAUGUUCCUUUAUCGCCAGUAUUAGCCGCAUUAACACUUACGGUAGCGAUUCUGUUUGCCGUAGUCUGCAUCGUGUUAGCUACCAUCUAUCGACGACACGCUAGCAAGAAUUCGUCCAAGAAGCUAAAGUCUGCCAAAAGCGCACAUCUCACCUCAACCCCGAUCGACUGCCAAAUUGACUCAUCCUCACACCACCAUCAUCAGACGCACGAUCCGAACGGAAUCCAGACACCGCUGGUGGAUGGAAGUGGGACAUUCAGCCGACGGAGUCCACAAACGUCCGGUGAGCCACCGGAUGGGGAUGAAACCGACCCGGAUGUUAUACCCAAUCAAUACGAGCGGAGGCCACCGAAAACGAUACUUCCCGCGCCACUGUUUCGCAGCCCGUCGGCACGGCUGAUAAAUCGAAACGGAGGCGAACACUUGCUCCACGACGAGGAGCGCCAUUGUGAUGGAUCCAGUCUAGCGUCGCUGACCGGAUCAAACAAUGAAGUACAUCAUUAUUCGUUUAAGCCUAGUAAACAAAUUAGUUACGCAACGCUCGGUCGAGCGAAUAAUAGCGGCAGUAGCGUGCAGUCAACGCUCAGCCCACUCAGUCACCAGGCUUCGUCCGGAAGUACGACACUUCCACUGCCAUCGAUGGUGGGUGGUGUAGGAGUCGGUGUGAGCAGUCUGCUAAGCAGUCCCGCAACUCAGUCGCACGUCACGUCCUCACUCAACGAGUACCGGUUUCGACCGGAAGUGGUUACUACAUCCAACCGAAUACAGGAAAGUUGUAUAUAAUAGAUUCAUAAGGUGAAUGACUGUACCUUGCUAGAUGUUAGCGAUUCUCGCGAAUGAGUUCUCUUUUCCCUGAUAGUCUCGAAAAAUCAGUUUAUUGUCGUAGCCAUAAUUGUUAAGUCGUACAGUUAUGAUCGAACUCUUAAUUGAAUGCAUGUGUGAAGUGGAAAAAUAUUAACAAAUAAUACUCGAAGAUAUAUUUUAAGUAGAACAAGUAAUGGCAUCGAAGCAAUGGAACUAUUGUGGGAGGAGAAAGUCUUUAAUGAAACCUUGUGUGAAAUAGGCAAGUGGAACUUACGAAGUUUUAUCAUUUUUUUUAAAUAGCAAAUUUUCGAGCAGAGUGGUCAUCGACCUAUGUAAACUAUUAGAAACUAGUACAGUAUUAGACAAGAGAUUGAUUUUAAAGCUCAUUGAUACUGAUUGUUUUCCGUGAAGGGAAUACUUCCAAAAAUGGCAGCGCUAAAAUUAUGGUUUGGGCAUAAAUAUAACAUGGUUACAGAUCGAGAAUUUGCGUUACUGACUGGACAAUAAUCGCACACUAGUCGAAGACAUUUCGAUGCAUAAAAAUAUCAUAAACGUGAAAACAAAGCAGGAAAAAUGUGGAAACUACACAUAGAACUGAAUCAUAUCGAUUUUUCACAGAUUAACUCGAAUAUGAACCAGCUUGUCACGCGCGAGAGAAGAAAAAACAAAAGAAAAGAUAAACCACCAAAAAAUAUUUUAAGACAUUUGAACGAGAACGAUACGGAGCAUUUCCGAAGGAGUGAGUACAUCUUUACGUGACAGCAAUGAUAAUGUAGAUAUAGUGCGGUAAAAGUAAGUAGUGAAGAAGCAAUGCCAGUUUAAUUUUGUAUAGACAGUGUAAACGGAGAUCACGAAAAUGUGUACUAAAGCUGAUGUCAAGAAACUGUGAAUUCUAUAUAGGAAAAAAAACUUGAACGUUGAGGGAAUCAAUAAAACAAAUUUUAUGAAAACC